GGCGGGCGGAGGUGGGAGCGCGGCCGGGCAGGGGAGGGCUGUCCCGGCUGCUCCCGGGAGCUGCUGCUGGGCGGGACGGAGCUCAGCGCUCCCCUCAGGAAGUUAUUUUAGAACGAAAGAAUACAUCUGAGAAACAAGAUGUCUCCUGCUGGGAGUCGGUACCAAGAUAAGCAAUACAGGCACCAUGAGAACCAUAGAUCCGACAGAUACAAAGAAGACAGAAGAGCGAGAAAACCAUACCAAUACAAUGCAAGAUCAACAGAAGACAUUCGAGGUGGCCAGCACUCAAGAACUUCUACUGUUUGCUCAGACCAUUAUUCUAAAACCUCAGGAGCAGCACGGGAGUAUUUUGACCCACAACCAGAGUUUUAUCCUCCUAAGGAAACCUUCUCAAUGAAGUGUUCAAAGGUAUGCACAACAAGAGGCAUUUUGAAGUUUGUGGAAAUCACGGUUAACCUCCUGGUGUUGAUUUGUGUGGGAGCUUCCCAAGCCUCUGUUGCAGGCUUCACAUCCCUUGGAGGCUUUGGAUCCUUUAGCCUGAAUUCAGCCUAUAGCCCCUUUGAGGGCACAGAGCUCCAGGAGGUGAGGGAGCUGGACAUGCAGAUCACCCAGAUGAGAGCUCCUUGUGUGUAUGGCGGCGUAGCCUUCAGCUUAACAGCAGCAGUACUUACCCUUGUCUUCCUCAUCGUGGGGGCAAAGCCCAUCCAGCAGCUCAGGACAGGGCUGCUGGUAGGCGAGUGUGCCUUCAACCUGCUGGCUGGCACAGCGUACAUUGUGGCAGUGGGCCUCUACCUGCAUUUUGUCAGCCAGGUGAACUCCACAGAAGUUUGCAAGAGGCGUGAGAGGCUGUACGCGCGCCGCGGCUACACCUCCAUGAACUGCGUGGUCCAGGGUGGCGACGCGGCCGUGGGCCUUUUCGGUGCUGUUGCCUCCUGCUUGUACUUUGCCAGCUUUGUGGUCUGCAUCCGUGCUGUCCGAACUGUUAGAGCCUUCCAGAGCCAUGUGGCCAAGGCUCAGCACAGCCCCAAAGUCAGUGUUCAGGACAGAAGCAUCAUAAACCACCAUACUGUUCACAGGACCUCUGAAAGCUCCCACAACAUCCAGGCUCUCGCCACGUUAGUGUGAAGUCGGCUCUGGGACUGUGCCAGAGAGCUGGGGCUUCAACCAGGGAGGGACACUGGGUGUCACAUGGCAAACAGGAGACCAGCCCACAAUGUAUCUCCCUACAAGGUGCUGAAGCAUGUAUAGAAUCACCAAAUGUAACUACACAGCUAUAACAUGAUGUAAUAAAAUUAAGAUUGAGUGACUUGUUUUAACAAGGUUUUUUUGCACUGGUCUCUCAAGCUGGACUCCUGUAGGUAAAAUGUGUUUGUGAUUGUAAUGUUUUCAUCCUGCACAGAGCAAAUCCAAACAGGUUACAGGUUUAACAGGUUACAACUGCACUGAUGCCAAACUUGUGCUAACAACCAUUUCCUUUCCUCUCCUAUGGCAUAAGGAAUUGAAUACAGAGUUAGGAUGGGCAGCCUUCAACAGAUCCUGUGCCUGUUGUGCAUCCUGUUGACUUAUGCUACAGUGCUCACAAAGCAAAGGACACUUGACUGCUUUUCUGAAUUGUGUCUGAGGUUACAUUUGUGACCUGUUUUGCUUGGGCUAGUGAAGCGUUUUAUCUUUUGAGUCACAGGGCUUGACACAUACCGAUCACGUGCUCCCCGAGGAAUGCUGCCGGGAGGAACUAGCUGCAAUGUCAAAGGCAGCAUUUUGGUCCUUAUCCAGUUUCCUGCUGUAUUUUCCCAUCUCACUGAGCGUAGAUCAGAACCCGAGAGUUCAGAACACAUUGGUCGAGUAUCAGCUUAGUAAAGAUACCAUUUGCUUCUGUAACCCCCUAAACAAGGUUUGGCUUGCUGACUCCACAGCCGGUGGUGGGUAGAGCCCAAGUCGGGAACAUGCUGGCUGCCGUGGGAAUGCUAUAACAGUGACAGAAAGUACAUGUGUCCUUCCAAUAUCUAAACAGGCAAAGCUUGAGUGAACAGAAGUAAUUGUAUGCCCUAGGGAUGAGAAAAUAAAUUUAAGAGAACAUCUUUCAAGAAUCCUUUGUUUGAGGCAGAUGAAAUAGAUCACUGGUCUUCAUAGAUGAGGGAGUGAGAAAAAGAAGGCUGCUCUUUAAGUGUAUAAGGUUUGUCAGCUUUGGGGGGGGGGGUGGGAAGAAACAAUUUUGAUUCUGGCUGUUCUCACAGUUUUGUCUGGCUCAUAGCCACUGCCCAGAUGAGGCUCUUUUGAACCAUAGUAGAGCUUAUUUAUUGUAUACUUCAUAUAUACAUAUACAUACACACACACAGAGAUCUCAAAGGGUUAUGUUUGAGGUAAUGUAAGCCAAACAAGAAAAUGUUAUGGUUCUGAUUAGAAGUGAUUACGUGAGCCUUUACAAUAAGUAUAAUUUAUAUAAUACCUUAAACAUACAUUUAACACUG